AUGAAGCUCGUCUGGCCAACACUGCUCGCCCUGUUUCUUCUCAUCGGAAUCCUGGCCAACGCCGAAUCCACGGAGGAGACCCUUCCCUUAACAGAAUCCGAACCGUCUUCAGCUGCCACAGAAGACGACCAACCAGAAAAGCCAACCGAAAAUUCCGAACCGUCGUCACCAUCGGCGGAAGAUGACGACCAACCAAAAGAACCUACCAAAGACGGGGAGUCCUCUGAGCCUGACGACGACGACGACUCCGAAGCGUCAAGCGAGAAGCCAUCGAAAAAGGGCGGAAAAGGGCCAGGUGCCGGGAAGGGACCGUCCCAGAAGGGGAGCUAUGCCGCGACUUACCAGGAAAUUGUUAAAAUUCUUGACUCGGUCGACUUUAAAUCGAUCGAAGAUUUGCACCUGCAGCGGAUGCUGGAGAAUGCCUUCCAGGCGAGGGUUCGCAACCCCGUCCUGGAGCAAACCGGACAAAUUGCGGACUUUGGUGCGAUUGAGAGCUGCUUUGGGAAACUCACCGGAGAGGUGAAGAAGCUCAUCAAUGCCGCUGAAAAGCAGUUUAAGACGUGCAAAACGGGGGGCGGGAAUUCGUCCGGUUGCACCGAUCAGCAGGAGAACGCCUUCGCGGAUGGCAUCAUCAACCUGGCCACGACCCUGCAGGGUUGCAUCUCGAGUAAACGGAAGAAUUAAGGGGGAUUUCACAAUGGUCUUAAAACUAACGAAAGCGAAAUAAAACAAAUCGAUGUUUUGUUUUGUUUUCUUUCUGUCGAAACGUGGAUAAAUAUACCUUUAUUGAAACUCUU